ACGCACCGUUCUCCGAAGCAAAGAGGGCUGUAUGGAUGUAUUUGGAUGUAUUUUCCCCCUUUUUCUUUCACCUCAUACUUGCUCCCGAAUGCUGAUACUAUGUGGGAAUGCAUAAAGGAAGUUGAUGGUGUUCAGCAGCGGCUACGGGUAGUGAUGGCUGGUACAUUUCUUCUUCUGAGGGAAAAGCAAUGUUAAUGUAAAGAUGCAGUUCAUGCUUCUUUUUAGCAGACAGGGCAAACUUCGACUCCAGAAGUGGUAUGUGCCGCUUUCUGAUAAGGAGAAAAAAAAGAUCACCAGAGAGUUAGUGCAGACCAUACUGGCCCGUAAACCCAAAAUGUGCAGCUUCCUGGAGUGGAGAGAUCUGAAGAUUGUGUACAAGAGAUACGCCAGCUUGUAUUUCUGCUGCGCCAUUGAGGCCCAGGACAAUGAGCUGAUCACGCUGGAGGUCAUCCACAGAUACGUGGAGUUGCUGGACAAAUACUUUGGCAGCGUUUGUGAACUGGACAUCAUCUUCAACUUUGAGAAGGCUUACUUCAUUCUGGAUGAGUUCCUGCUGGGCGGCGAGACUCAGGAGACGUCCAAGAAGAACGUGCUGAAGGCCAUCGAGCAGGGCGACCUGCUGCAGGAGAACAUAGACUCUCAGAUGCGCAUGUUUGCAGGUAUGGCGGUCCCAAAUGUCACCUCAGAGUCUUCUGGUCUCUUCCAGAACUUGACCCGCUGAGCCCCGUCAUGAGUACUUUACCGUACCAGUGUACUGAAUGGCUGCCAUGGCUGCUGCUGCUGCUGCUGUCCUCCAUGCAUGCUCCAUGUCCUUGUCCCUGUCCUGACACAACAACGCUUACAAUGUCCCUACAGCUCAACCUACUGGACUCAUCAAACAUCCAUUGUAACUCUUUAACGAGGGAAUCAAAAAUGCUGCUACACGCCUUGCCCAGCAAUGCUACAUUUCCCAUAGUCAUUCAUGUAAAUCAGGUGUACAGAUGAGGGCCACAUAGUGAAGAAUGGAUAUGCUAAGAAGUUAUAUACUGUAUAUUGCCAGAAAGAAAAAUGCAUCUCAGCUUUGUCAUUUUGCUGAAAAGGUUUUUACUGUUGCAGGUUUUUUUUUGUGUAUUUUCCAACUAUUUCAACUUUCUUCUAGUCAGUUUUAUUUACACCAAAUCACAACAGAGAUUAUUUGAAAGCACUUAAAACAUGGAGCAAGUGUAGAAGCACACUCUUCAUACCUGUAGGAGAAAGCAAGAGAUACUCAAUUCAGUGCUUUUAGGCCACAUCUACACGGAAACGCUUCCUUUUUAAACAUCUCGUAAUACAGUGUUAGAUCAGUAAGUAGUUAUACACAAUGCACUGUUAACAGACUGCAAAAUGAUAGAUGACCUGUGACCACUGAGUGUUUGCGCCACACUGAUGUCACACUGAUAUUGUAUCUUCGGGCACAGAAGAGCGAGUAGGCUGCAUCCGCGCUUCAGAAGGCAGUGGAUACGUCCUUUUCACUCAGGUUUUCAGUUGAUAAUUUGAGAAGACUAGAAAUAAAUGCAUUGUGAAAUAGAAAAGGUGAGUUGUGGAUACGCUUGUGAGACUCCUGAAGCAGCUGACAGGUAUCGUCAGACCACGCGGCUUCGGCGGUGGUCGAUGCAAAAAAUCGGGUGUGGGAGGAAUUCGGUGAGGCCAUGGAGCACGACUUUCGGUCGGCCUCAAAGAGGUUCUGGUACACCAUCCGGUGCCUCAGAAAAGGGAAGCAGGGGCCUGCUGACCUCGACUGAGGAUGUAGUUGGACGGUGGAAGGAAUAUUUUGAGGCCCUUCUCAAUCACAUUGACAUUCCAUCCAUAGAGGAAGAAUAGUCUGAGGACACAUACGUGGACAGUUCCAUCACUUUAGCUGAGGUAUCUGGGGUGGUCCAAAUGCUCCUCAGUGGCAAAGCUCCGGGGGUGGACGGGUUUCGUUGGUCGAAUCCCUGCUACAAGAGGUCCAAUGCGGUUUUUGUCCUGGUCGCGGAACACUGAACCAGCUCUACACCCUCGCGAGGAUGUCCCUCACUUUGGGGGGGGCGCUCCGGGAGUACGAGAUUGGUGGCGCGCUACUACGUGCCAUCCGGUCCUUGUAUAAACGGGGCAGGAGCUUGGUUCGCUUGGUUGCUAAUUUUUGUGAAAAUUAGGUUGAGGAAAAAGUAAAAAUAUUACAAGAAAAAAAAACACAUUAGAUAUUGGUUUAAAAAAAAAAAAGAAAGUGGUAAUAUAGCUAGAAUUGUACAAAAACUAAGUCAACCUAUAAAGAGAAAAAGUGACGUUGAUACUAAUAAUACACGUUUUUAAACCUACAGUAUAUCACAAAGCUGAGAUGCAGUUUGUCUUGAAAUAUAUCGAGCUACAUAAUAAUAAUAAUAAUAAUAAUAAUAAGUAGAAUGUGGCCCUCGCUGGAAACACCCCGACUAUAUUCUGUUAUGUUUUAGCAGCAAGAUAUUUUAUUUUAAGUACUACAUAACAAAAUGCUAAAAAUUCUGUUCUUGGAUGUGGUAUAUUCCCUUGUGAGACGCUUGGAAGUGUGCCCCCCAGCGGUCAUCAGAGGGUAAUUAGGAGAAAACUCUACCCUUCAGUAAGCUAGAGAUGUGCAUUGCUGCAUUUCAAAGAAGAUAUUCGGGUUAUUUUUGUGUCAUGUAUUCACUCAAGUUACCAUACCAGUAGUCUCUGUUAUGUAAUGGUAUGUACUGAUUGUGUUUUAGAUUGGCAGGCAUCAAUACACUAGAAGACAUUAUGAUUUAUAGUUCAUCUGAUAUGAUGAAAUAAGGGUCUUGAUUGGCCUGGCACAUAACUAUGUUGGAAUAAUUAGCUUUAAAAUUUAUAAAAUUCACACUUUGGUAAGCACCCAAAAUGUUUUAAUGCAAUCUAUUGAUUGAUGGCACUGAUUUCAUCGUUAGACACUUUUAAAUGUUGAUGAUGGGUAAAUAAAUGGUUCCUGUUAUGAAGCACGAUGGUGUCUUUUUUAUGUGGUAUUAUCUGGACGGGUUCAUGUCUCAUAAUGUUGUAUUUAUUAUUUAGUUGUGUCAAAAUAUGUACUUUCUGAAGGUUGAUGAAGUUUUUUUCUCUCUACUUUAUGCUCAUCGUGUCCUGUUAGGAUGCAAAAGUAAGUGCUGCUUAAAUGCUAUCCAGCAAAAAAGGUCAUAAUAAUAAUAAUAAUAAUAAUAACAUUAAUGGGUCAAAUACAUUAACAGGAUAUACUGUACAACUGGAUUGGAAAGCUGUUUUCAUAUUUACAAAUAUAUUUACUCUUAAAUUGAUGUUUUUUUUUAAUCUAAAUACAUUUAUUUUUAUGAAAAUGUUAUAUAUUUGCGAAAGUAAAACUGCACUUCAAUGUGAGACAUGAAGACACAGCAUUCUCUUUCUGCACGUUUUAAACAUAUCAAAACUGAUAAAAAGAAGCAGCUAAGAAUGUAAGAAAAAACUCAAAAAAUCACCAAAAACGCUGUAUUUACAUGCACAUUAACCAAGCUACAUCGACAAUGUUAUUAUUAUUUUUGUUAACAUUAACUAUGAUAAUGGCGUCGUGAUACCUCGACAUACCACACCGGCUAGCUACAUUGCCAGCUAGGGACUACCUACGCCACACACUCGCCAGCAGCAAGUUCACUGCAUGGUUAUAGAAAACCAUAGCGGUAUGUCCCAUUGUGUGCAUUAAUGAGCUGCCCCUUUUUAUCUGGUUUUAUUAGCGAUGUUUAUAAUUAAUUAUUAAUAAUUAUCGGUACCAAUAUUAGAAUAAAAAUGCGAUAUCAUUUGAUAUAGGUAUCUGAUUUUUUUCCCGUUCAUGAAAACCAAUAUUUAAAGAAUGCUGUAUACAACACAUAGUAUGUGUUCAUUCCACCACGGGAGAUGUGUUAUCAAUAUGUUGGACAUCACAAGUUUUUAUAUAUUUUAAAAUGCAUUAAAAGAGAAAGAUGUGUGUUCACAUCUCGGAUAAAGAUUGUGCAUGAUGAGCAAAAUUCCAAAAGUGCAGUUUUUCUUUAAAGUUAGAAUUCACAAAGCGUUGGGUUGUUCAUCCACUAAUGGGGAACGUGAGCUGCAUGGGCUUAGACCAGGGGUCUCAAACUCAAUUUACCUGGGGGCUACUGGAGCUAGAGUCUCGGCAAGGCUGGGCCGCAUCAGGUUUUCCAAAAAAAACAAACGCAUUUAUUAAAAAACAGAAAAAUAUACAAACUUUUUCAGUGCUUCGGUUCCGAUUUCCUACAAGAAAAGCUCUGAUAAAACAUUCCACUGUUCUCAAAUAUCUUAAUUUUUAUUUUUCUGCACAAAAUAAGAUGAAAAAUAAAUAAACAAAUCAAGAAUAAAGAAAAUCAAUCAGAAAUAAAUAUAAUAAUAAGAAUAAAACGGAAAAUAAUAAAAACUUAAGAAA